AUGGCCGCCCAAGUCCUACUUCCCGGCGACGACGUCCCGGCCGAGCUGCUGCCCGUGUCGCAUAACCCCAACAAGCCCUUAACCCUCGGCCCAGGCCUACGACACAUCCCGCCCGCGACCAUCACCACCACGACGCCAGGCGCGCUGCAAACCGACCGCCGCAAAAACGCAGUCUGGAUCGACACGAAUGGCGGGCGCUACAUCCCCGCAGUCAACGACCUCGUAGUCGUCGCCGUCCACCACAGCGCCCCCGACUACUACCACUGCGCCAUAACGCCGUACACGCCGCUCGCCACCCUCCCGCACCUAGCCUUCGAAGGCGCGACCAAGAAAACGCGGCCGAUACUGGCGCCGGGCGCGCUGGUGUACGCGCGCAUCGCGCACGCCUCGCGCCACCUGGACCCGGAGCUGGAGUGCGUGGCGGCGAGCACGGGGCGGGCAGACGGGCUGGGGCCCUUGAAGGGCGGCACCGUGUUCGACGUCAGCGCGGGCAUGGCGCGGCGGCUGCUGAUGCCCGCGGGGAAGAAGCCUGCCAAGGGCACCGAGAAGGAGAAGUAUGCGCAGGGUGAGGAGGGCGGCGCUGCUAGGCUGGUUGUGCUGGAGGCGUUGUCUGAGAAGCUGAGGUUCGAGGUCGCGGUUGGUAGGAAUGGUCGCGUUUGGGUCGAUUGCGUCGACGGUGUUAGGGCGACUUUGGCUGUGGGGCAGGCGCUGCAGCGCACGGAUAGGGAGGCGCUGGGCGUGGAGGAGCAGCGCGCGCUGGUCGCGAAGCUGCUGAAGGCGCUGUAG